AUGUCCCGAAAAAUGUGGUCUUUCUCAAAAUGUGUUGGAGCCGAUAUCAUGAUAAGAAGACCACAAAAGAUCAGUGUCUACGGCCUCAACGAAGUGAUUGUCGUAAAUGGAAGCGUCCACAAAAACGGCUGUCUCCUUCCUGGUGGGAAAAUUUUAGAGAAGGCGCAUCGCCAGGAAAUUCGUACUUUAGACGACAAUAAAAGGAAACAAUUUGAGGAUGCCCUAAACUGGAUGAAGGUGAGUGGUCUGUACAACAGAAUAGCCCGGGUGCACAAGUACUCGGGAGUUCAUUCAGGACCUGCGUUCACGCUUUGGCACCGAGAAUAUUUGAAGAGGUUUGAACUUGUGAUUCGCCAUUAUCUUCCUGAUCCCAAUAUGGGAGUCCCUUAUUGGGACAGCACUCUCGACGCUGAGCUGCCCGAACCAAAAGAUUCUAUGAUUCUUUCCGACAUCUUUUUGGGCACUUCCAACGAGGAUGGUUUCGUUGUCACAGGGCCGUACGCUAACUGGACUACCAUGGAGGGACGUGCGAGUAUUUACCGCGAAGUCGGGGAAAAUGAGAGUGGUGAACUAUUGAAUAACGCCCGUGUUGAUUGGAUUGUAAACAAUCCCGACAUUAAUAUGGUGCUCGGAACAACAAUGCCGCUCACGAGUUGUUCCCUCAACUUGUCGUUGGACUCGCGGAUGCUCGAGUAUUCUCAUGAUUACGUGCACUUCUUUAUUGGCGGUGAUAUGGGAAAGUCACACUCCUCGUCUAAUGACGUCGUCUUCCUGUACCAUCACUCAAUGGUCGACUUAAUUUACGAACAAUGGAGGCAGAAAAUGCAGAGUCGAACUGAACGCGAAAGAGACUAUCCCGCCAGUGAUGAGAAAUGCUUUCCGCCAUGGCACAAUGCUGACAGCAUCAUGCCAAUGCUUCAUCCACUGACCAACCGCGAUGCGCUAUCGAAUGGGUACACGGACGAAAUGUAUGAGUUCGCUCCACGACCUACAUGUACGCGUGCUCUUCCGAAUUGUAAAUCGAAAUAUCUAUUCUGCCACGUUCCGAAAAACGGUGAAGCGCAAUGCAUGGGAAAAAUCCGUCUCGGAGGGAAGUGCACAGGCUUCGAAGGCACAGAGAUUUGUUUCAUCGGCGAAUGUGUCAAUGGCAUUUGUGAGCUGCACCGUAAACCGCCUCCGAAGCUCAAAAAGACAGACCAAGGAGAUUGGUACAUGUGA